AUGAUGGUGUCACUCUGUUACAUCUUCUUGCCUAUUGUUGUGAUCAUUGGAUUGUUGAGAAAGUGCCGUGAACACUCGUGGGGACGAUGCAAGGACACGAGCGAUCUGCAGGACCGGGUUUUCCUGGUGACUGGCGCCAAUUCCGGGAUAGGAAAGGCAACGGUUAGGGAACUUGUGAGGAGGAGAGCCAAAGUCAUCAUGGCUUGCCGGGACAUGGACCGGGCGCGUAACUGCAUUGCUGAGAUCCGAAAGAAGAUUUCCACUGGAGAAAUGAUUCCAAUGGAACUAGACUUGGCGUGUCUCCCAUCAAUCUACAAAUUUGCCCAACGUGUACUCCGAGAUUUCCCGGAAAUUCAUGGAUUAAUAAAUAACGCUGGCGUUUACGAACCUUUGAAGAAUCGAACAUUAACGAAAGACGGAUAUGAUGUUCACUUCGCAGUCAAUUAUCUCGGACAUUUCUUUCUCACUAAUCUAUUAUUGGAUAAGAUGAAGGCUUCUGUGCCAAGCCGGAUUGUGGUAGUAACAUCAAAGCUAAUGGAAUCUGGAGUGAUUGACUUCUCAAAUCUGAAUGGAGAAAAAGGGCUUACUGCAAAAGGCAGAAUGAAUCCCGCUUACUGUAAUUCCAAACUCGCAAAUGUGUAUUUCGCCACAGAGUUGGCCAAACGCCUGGCGAACACGGGAGUCAAUGUUUACAUGGUUUGUCCAGGAUUCACUUAUACUGGACUCUUCAGAGAUGUCAAGAGGAGUUGGUUCCAUUACAUCAUCUUCUCACCAGUUGCUCUUCUUUUUUUACGCACAGCUCAUCAGGGCGCACAAACAGUGCUACACUGUGCAACAGAUGCUUCCCUGGCGAACGAGAGUGGAUUACUCUAUCGUGACUGCAAAGUUUACACAUCAAAGAAGACUCUCGAACCAGAAGUGGCUGAAAAACUCUGGAAAAUUAGUGCCACUCUCACAGAUCUCAAAUACGCUAAGUGAAACAAGAUCUCCUUUAGAGAUUUUUCAGUUCAAAUCAUCGUGCCGAUAGUUGUCCAGUGAUCCACAAUUAUCAUAAUUAUCAUUAACAUAGGAUAAGAUAGAAUUCUAUUUUAUUUUUGGACUAAUGAGUAAGGAAAAUAACAUGUUGAGAAGGAAAAUUCAUCCUUUGACAUUGAAGGACUACUCGUAGCUAUAAAUGGGCCAGAUACGAUAUACAUUAUUAUCAAUUUGCAAAUGUUAUGUCAAAAUGCAAAUUCGAUACAGAUUUUAACAACGUACUAUAAAUUAUAUAUGUACAUGACAUGAAACAGUGAGAUCAGUGAACGAUGAAGGAUAAAAUCAUCAAAUAAUCAUUGGAUCAUCAUUCUCUGCUCAAAUCAAUCUCAUUCGCACUUAUACUGUGACAAAAAUGAUUAGAAGUUGAGGGAUAGUUAUGUGAACAAUUAAUUGUAACCAAAAAUUUCCCCAUAAAAUCUCCCAACAUUUAUUUUCAACAUAAUUUGUACUUCAACUGAACCAAAUCAAUUGACAUAAAUCCUUAAAUGUAACAAUUUCCUCAUCAACAAAAUCAACCUCUUCAUGUUUUUAAUCAUUCAUUUCUCCAAUAAAAAUUGCAUUAAUCCACCAAUAAAGAAAAAUCAGCUUGUGAGCUAUAAUAAAUUACAAUAAUUAAUUUAUGGAAUCAUUGAAAAAUAA